ACAAUCCUUAUUCUGCCACCCAAUCCUUACUGUAACAAUAGUUUUCUGUUUCAACAAUUUUUUCCUUCCCUCCUUUUCUCCCUUCCUUCUCUUCUCACAAAGGCACCUUACCUUCAUUUGCUCCAAUUCUCAUGCAAAGGAAUUGAACAUGGGGAGGAAAGGGAAUUGGUUUUCUUCUGUUAAGAAAAUCUUCAUAUCUGAUUCCAAGAAAGAUCAGAAACCUCAUCAUCACCAUAAGUCAAAGUUAACAUGUUUUGGACAUCAUCAUGAACAUUAUGUGGAUCCUGAAUUGGAAUCUAGAGAAGUUGUUUCUGUUCCAUCUCUUCCUAGAAGAAAACAUGCUGUUAAACCGAAAAACACCGCGGCAGAAGAUGAACACAACAAACAAGCAUUAUCCUUAGUUUUAGCCACGGCCGUUGCUACAGGCGCGGCCGUGGCUGCUGCUCAGGCCACUCGUCGCGCUAGUACCCCUCCUUGUUAUGUUGGAAAAACAGCUCAAGAAAUAUCCGCCAUGAAAAUUCAAUCCGCCUUUCGCGGAUAUUUGGCGAGGAGGAUUUUGCGCGGAUUGAGAGGCUUGGCGAGGUUGAAAGCAUUGAUGAAAGGGCAAUCUGUUCAACGACAGGCGGCUACUACAUUGCAAUGUAUGCAAACACUUUCGCGGUUGCAGUCUCAAGUUAGCGCGAGGAAGGUUAGAAUGUCGGAAGAGAAUCAAUCUUUCCAACGCCAGUUGCAACAGAAACGCGAAAAGGAGCUUGACAAGUUACAAGCUGCGCCUAUUGAAGAAUGGGAUUAUAGUAAGAAAUCGAAGGAGCAAAUUCAAGCGAAAUUGUUGCAUAGACAAAUCGCGGCUAUGAGAAGAGAAAAGGCUUUGGCCUAUGCAUCAACACAUCAACAAACAUGGAGGAACACUUCAAAAGAAUCGGCGGACGCGACUAUUAUGGAUCCAACCAAUCCUCAUUGGGGAUGGAACUGGCUUGACAGAUGGAUGGACUCAAGGCCCUGGGAAGGACAAAACACAAAGGAUGAAAAUAAUCAUAAAUCAGCAAAAGGUGCUGCGAGUCACACUAUGUCAGUUGGAGAAAUCUCUAAAUUGUAUGCUCUAAGAGAUCAAAAUCAAAAUCAGGAUAAUAAAACCUCUCCUACAAGCCAAAAACCAAUUCCUCAAAAUCUAGCUUCAAGGAACAUACCUUCAACACCUAUUAAAGGAAGAGCAAAAACCUCAUCAACUGGCUCUUGGGGUGGUGAUGGUGAUUCAAAGUCCAUGUUCAACAAGACCUCAGAAAGCAAGCGAAGACAUAGCAUUUCGGUAUCUCCGGAGAAAGAAGACGAAAGCCUUGUAAACACACCUGGAAAGUUUACAAUGGCUAAAAACAAAGUGCAAAGUACUUCUGCAAAGAAGCAGCUUUCUUCCCUAGCUUCUGGUUCUGGUACAAGAAGGCAUUCUGUUCCAAGUAAAAUUGGAAUGAAUUCUAAUAAGAAUGGUGUGGCUACUAUUCCUGAAGGGAAAGUGAAAGUGAGAAAUGGAGGGAACAGGUAGAUAUCAACAUGGAUGCAUAAUUUAAGUUCCAUAGAAUAGAAUACUAUAUAUGGAUGAAUAAGAAUCAAUGAAAUGUCCAUAACUAUAUCAACUCAUUCUUCAUAUAUAUAUAUAAGCAAUAUUGUUGAUACCA